GGGGUGCUAGAGCCGCCUGCACAUAUUAUCCUCCCAGCACAAAGAAUCUGCAUGGAGCCAGGCCCUGACACACAGACACACAAGGCAGUAUAAAAAUGGGCGAGCGCCGGAAACCAAAUGCAUCAAGAGGAGAGCACAAGCAAAUAAGUGAUGGUGCAAAAGAGCAGGCUGGCCAGUGGGGGCGAGCAUGGGAGGUGGACUGGUUCUCUCUGGGCGGCGUCAUCUUCCUGCUGAUGUUUGCGCCAUUUAUCGUCUAUUAUUUCGUGAUGUCAUGUGAUCAGUACCAGUGCGCUCUCACAGGCCCUGUCCUUGAUCUGUACACGGGAAAAACUCAGCUGUCUGACAUCUGGAGCAAGACGCCUCUGAUCACCUGGAAAGCGGUUUACAUCUAUGCGGCCUGGGUCUCUUUACAGGUGUUCCUGUACCUGUUACUUCCGGAUAUCUGCCAUAAAUUUAUCCCCGGAUAUGUUGGAGGUGUCCAAGAAGGAUCACGAACACCGGCUGGUAUCGUUAACAAGUACCAGAUCAACGGACUCCAGGCCUGGAUCAUAACCCACAUUCUGUGGUUCGCUAAUGCCUAUUAUUUCCACUGGUUCUCUCCCACCAUCAUCAUUGACAACUGGAUUCCCUUGUUGUGGUGUACAAAUCUACUGGGAUACUCAGUCUCCACCUUCGCCAUGAUCAAGGCCUACUGGUUCCCAACAAAUGUCAAAGACUGUAAAUUCACUGGGAACUUUCUCUAUAACUACAUGAUGGGGAUUGAAUUUAACCCUCGCAUUGGAAAGUGGUUCGACUUUAAGCUUUUCUUCAACGGACGCCCUGGAAUUGUUGGCUGGACUUUAAUUAACCUGUCAUAUGCUGCCAAGCAGCAAGAGUUAUACGGGCAGAUCACAAACUCCAUGAUUCUUGUCAACAUUCUGCAGGCCAACUAUGUGGUGGAUUUUUUCUGGAACGAAGCCUGGUACCUGAAGACAAUUGAUAUUUGUCAUGACCACUUUGGCUGGUACCUGGGAUGGGGAGAUUGCGUCUGGCUUCCCUUCCUCUACACAUUACAGGGCCUGUAUUUGGUGUACAACCCAGUUCAGCUCCCCACCACAACCGCAGUAGGAGUUCUGCUACUUGGCCUGAUCGGAUACUACAUCUUCAGGAUGACUAACCAUCAAAAGGAUCUGUUUAGACGCACCAACGGCAACUGUGUGAUCUGGGGCAAAAAACCCAAAUAUAUUGAGUGCUUUUACACGUCGGCAGAUGGCAAGAGGCACAACAGCAAACUGAUGAUUUCUGGAUUUUGGGGGGUGGCCCGACAUUUCAACUACACUGGAGACUUGAUGUGCUCGUUGUCGUACUGCCUGGCCUGCGGCUUCGACCAUCUCCUGCCUUAUUUCUAUAUUAUCUACAUGACCAUCCUGCUUGUCCACCGCUGUAUACGGGACGAGCACCGAUGCUCCAGCAAGUAUGGGAAGGACUGGAAGCUUUACAUCGAUGCCGUGCCAUACAGAUUGCUGCCCGGCGUGUUUUAGAAUGUGAAAAAUAUUUCAGGGAAAACACAAAUGUUCAUAGUUAUUGGAACCGUGACUGAUACGGAUCAGAAGGAUUCUGACCACAGGGACUGCUGCAGCUUUAAAGCGUACGGUACUGGGGACCACGUGUUCAAUAUGCUAUAAAUGGGGGUGUUCUGUAUAUUUGGAUGCACGGUUUGUGACCAAGUAAAGAAAGCAAUGGACAAGUCUGAGCCUUCAAACACUGUGGCCUUCAGCACAAGCUCAGUAAUAAACGAGGACAACUUACAUUACAACCCACCUCAUCCAUUAUGUCUGUCUUGGCUGAUAGUUUCCUUCACGUCUGUCUCUUGUACAGUUCAUUGGAAUUUUUCCUGAAUAAAAUAAAUACUUUUUA